GACAGGCACACACGCUCUCUCCGUCUCUGUCUCUCUUCAUGCACGCACACUCACGCAUGCUCAUGCACGCAGACGGCAACUUUCCUCUACCGGACUGACACAGCACACACGCUGGGAUAGACACACUCCCAUUCCACAGUGGAGAAGACGAAAAGGAGUGACACAUCAGGAAAGAAAAGACAUUGAGAAAAAGAAAAAAAUUCCCAGGUGAAGAGGAGGAUCGUCCUGACGUAUCCCACUUUCUGAGAUGGCAAACCUUGUGACAUCAUUGUGCUGUGUAGUUCUGGCCGCAGUGGUGGUAGCCUACGCUCAGAGACGCAGUCAGCUUGUUGCAAGGAACCAAUAUGGGCGAAUGGGCAGUGAUGUCACCAUGCAGUGCGGCUCCCUGGACAACGAUGCAUCAGUUUCAUGGAAGGUGAACGGGACAGACGUGAAGGCCCAGCACCGUCUAGAAGGUCCCAGACUGAUCCUGACUGAGGUCAACCUUGGCCAUAACGGACUCUACAGCUGCUUUCAAAACCCACAUGGAGAGAGGCGUGACACCAUCCUCCUCCAUAUUGGCAUUGCCCCUCGGGAGCCAUCGGUCACCUGUCGGUCCAACACCUACCCCAUAGGCUUCUACUGCAACUGGCACCAGCAGCAUCCGACGUACAUCCCCACUAACUUUGAAGUGGAAGUUCAACACAACCAGCGCUCACUGGAAGUGCAGAAAGACUCAGUCCACAAGAAUCGCUGCCAUGUUCAGUUUCCAAAGAUUUUCUCCAGCUACCCUUACAUAGUUAAUGUGACAGCAGUCAACGCCUUGGGAAAAGCGUAUGCCUUUAUCUCCUUCGAAGAGUCCAGUAUAGUAAAACCGGACCCCCCUGAGCGCGUGAUAGCGACUCCAAUCCGUUUCAACCCCCGGAGAUUGGAGGUGUCCUGGCAUAGCCCUGCCACCUGGCCUGACAUAGACACUUUCCCUCUGAAGUACUUCCUUCGAUACCGACCACUCAUCCGAGAGCAGUGGCAGCAUGUGGAGCUAUCUGACAGCACUUCUCAUACCAUCACUGAUGCCUACGCUGGAAAGGAAUACAUCAUCCAGGUGGCUGCAAAGGACACAGAGAUCGGAACAUGGAGUGACUGGAGCGUUGCUGUCCAUGCAACACCCUGGAUUGAAGAUCCUUUGCCAAUCACUUCCACUACUGAAGUGGACUUUCCCACUGAGACUAAGACCUCUCCCAUACCGUCCUCCAACGCACCACAGAAGGCCGAACCUCCAGUGGGCAGAGCUGCCCGGGUCCUCACAUUUUUCUCCCCUUUGCUGUUAGGAAUGCUGCUGCUGUUGAUAUGAUGUAAAUGUCUUAUUUCUGAGGGGUGACAAGAGGUAGGACGAUGAAGAGGAUGAAGACGAGGAGGCUGGUGUUUUUGUUUAUUUUUUUGUUUUAAGUUUGUUUUUUGUUGUUUUUUUUUUUUCUUCUAUUUUGCACAUGUUUCAUCAAUACAGUGCAUUGAUCAUUUCUGUCUGCCACACAGUUACUCAGCAAAAUUACUUAGACCUGAAAUCAGACGAUGAUAAUGCUUUCCAGCAUUUUUGAUAUACGGUGACAAAGAGAUUCUUCAGAGGAACUUUUAAAAACGGCAUCGUCAUCACCAGGAGCGGCGAGAACAACCACAACGACAGCAGUCACAGUGCGACGAACAGACUAACGUUAACGCCACGGUGGCUUUGGGCGAGCCACAGCAGACGGACUUGUUCAGCUUGGUUCAGGAAGAUCCUCCUCAGAGCAAGAAAAAGUCCUCAGCUGACUAAAAACAUCUCUUAGUUACAUUUUCUUUUCUUUUAUUAUUCAUUAACUGCCUUUCUUUUUACUUUCUUCAGAAAUGCAUAGUGCUUUACAGACAAACACACGAACACACACAUAUUUAGGACAGGUGUGUUUGCAUGUUUAGCUACAGUAGCGGCCCCUUACACAGCCCAAUCAUCAUGCCAAAGACUCAUCUACACCCACAACGAAAAUGGUUUCCAAACAAUUCAUUGAGCUUCCUGAAGCCUGUGCCUGUUUUCAUCGUGGGUUGAAAACCCCCAGAAAAUUGUGUGUGUGUGUCUGUGUGUGUGUGUGCGUGACACAGCAGCUGAAGUGCGGUAUGUUUGAAUCAAACUCGGGAUAAAUCUGAGGAAGCCCGCAGCUCCUGAUUGUGUAAACACGGCAAUGAACAAAGAGGCCACAGUAAAACUCUGAGUCCACACGCCUCCGACAGCUGAAUCUAAACUGAUGGAGGAGCCUUUCUCCGAUCUGAGGACUAACACUUUGAAGAAUCCAGUAAUGGUAGCGUGGAUUAUUUAGACAGUUAGCUUUACAUUGUGCUUACAGCAAGUGGCAAGAAGGACCUAGAUUGUAAAAAAGAAAAUAAAGUGGAUUUUAAACUGAACGCUUCUUUUCCCAUCAAUUUCUUUUUUUUUUUUUUUUUUUUUUUUUGUUAUUGGAACCUCUGGCACGAGUUUGUUUCCUCCUCUGCCCUGUGCUGUAAAAUACAAUAACACAAAAUUGUUUUCUUUCAAAUCUUGGCGCCUUUACAAACAUUUAAAAAUGUCUUUUUGCAGUUUUACAUUUCAUUAUCCAAUAUCAGCAGUUACUGUUAUGUUAUUCAAAGGAAUAUUGAUGUGUUUAUUGUAUUUUUUAUGGACAUAUAAUAAAAUGACACAUAUAGGGCUUUAUUAGUUUUUUCUUUUUCAUUUUUUUCUCCUUUUGUUAUCAGACAUUCAUAUUGGCUUAAUUCCCCCUUGAUCCUAUUUUGUAAAAGUAUGAUAUGUAACUUUAACAUUGAACAAAAAGUUUAUUAUUUAAUAAUAAUAAUAAUAAUGUAUGUAUUAGCGUUAGAAUGUUGUAACCUGUACCUGGGGUCUUUUUUAUAGAUGUAUAUACAAUGACAGGUUUCAACCAUUAAAUGUGACCAUUUCACAAUGAA